AUGUCGGACAAUCUGGUCGGUAAACUCGACAAGGAGUUGCAGAAACUUGCUUUCCCAACCGCCAGCGAACCACCCUCUGCCAAGCUCAGCCGCGCGGGUAAUUUCGAUCGGUGAGCCCCUCUCAUGGAGGACUACCUGCGGGAUAUUGCCGCAAUUUGCCAAGGCUCAGCCAUUCUGGCUCAGCUUGAUGACGACGUUUACAACCUGGUUCGGACUAUCGGCGUCUCAUCCUCUAUGUCGGAAACGGAGAUCCUGAAGAAAUUCGGGGAAUCCCUGAAGUACGACACCUUCCUGGCUGGAGCGCUCUGA